GUUGACUGCUGCAAGCAAAGAAAACACGAGCGAAUUCCUUCGCCUAUGCCUUUCCAGCUUCAUCAGAAGUUCCUUCCUCAAUCUUUCUGAGGAUUUUGGGGCUGAAUUGAAGCGCCUGGAUCAAUAUAUCGUUGUUUGAUAUCGCAUUUUAUUUCGCUUUUUGCGUAAUGAGUUUCGCUUUUCUGAGAAGCAACUGACAAGUUUUUCGCACCUUUGGCUCAAAAUCUUGCGCAAAGGAGGGAGAUUUACCAGAAUUCCUCUCGCCCAUGGAAGAAUCAGGCAAAUUACCAUCAGAAGAGAACAAAGGCUCUAUGGAGAAAAAUAAGAAGAGAAAACUCAAAACGCCUGCUCAGGUUUAUGCUUUGGAGAAAUUUUAUAACGAGCACAAAUAUCCCACUGAGGAAAUGAAAUUAGAACUUGCUGAGGAAGUGGGGUUGACAGAAAAACAAGUAUCUGGAUGGUUUUGCCACCGAAGGCUAAAAGAUAAAAGACUGUUGAAAGAUGAAGCUUUUGCUAAUGGGCGACCAGAUAUUUCAAGCGGUGUCAUCCAAGAUCAUGGAAGUGGACUAGGGCAAGAUUCAUGUGGAAGCACCAAACAUUGUGAUUAUAGGCAUCUUGAUCCCAAAGAGGUUGAGAGUCGUGGCCUUUAUGGUGGUCAUGAUAUUUUAGUUUCAGAUAUGGCCUAUGAACGUAGGAAUCAUUAUUCCGAAAAUGUUGGUGCAAUGGAUGAAACAUCAUCUGAGAGCAGCUCAUCUUUGCAAGAAAAGGAUUCAUAUGAUGCUGAGCCUUCCGGAUAUCUAACACCUGACGGAGCUCUACCAACUAAAAUUCCCAAGGCUGCCACAAACAUGAGAUAUAAACCAUCAGGCUAUCUUAAAGUAAAAGGAGAGAUAGAAAACCCUGUUAUAACUUCUGUUAAGAAGCAAUUAGGAAGAAAUUAUCGGGAAGAUGGUCCACUACUUGGUAUUGAAUUUGAUCCACUUCCUCCAGGGGCAUUUGAGUGUAAAAUUGCAGAUCCAUUUCAUGAAACAUACUAUAUGGCGAAUCGUGCUCUUAACUACUCUCCUGAAAUUUCUGCUGUGAAAAGGCAACCCGGUCUUUGUGCUAGAUAUGAUUCGUAUAAUACCGAAUUGUAUCUGGAAGAUUCUCAUAUGGAAGGAGAAAACCUCUCUGAUUUCCAGGAUAAGAAGUCUCAUCAGCAUUCAAAGCAAAGACCACCUUUGUACAGUCAUACCUUUCGAUUUCCUAGCACAAACUCUUCUCUGGAUAUGUAUGAACAUUCUGUCGGAGAAGCACCUGCAUAUAAUAGAAAAGACAAUCGUAGAGUCGGCAUCAGGCAUGGCUUUGAAGGGUUGAAAUCUGAUUAUGCUUCUAAUCAUAGUGAUCACUAUGAUGGUAACCUUGCAGCAAACUUAAAAGACUCACUGUUGCAUGGAUAUGAUAAUGUCGAUUUGAAGAAUGCUCAGAGUGAAUAUGUAAAACCUAAGCCUUCAAACCUGAUCAGGAAUCCUUUUGUUUCUAUGGACACUAAGGAUAGAGGAGGGCUACCCAGUAAGAUGAUAAAGGAAAAGAAAUCUAGUGAAAAAAGAAAGGCAAGAAAACAAAGUGAUGAUCCAAAUGGACUAAGGAUGCUUUCGCAUGAGGUUUGUGCUGCCAAACGUCUUGUUGGUCCACCUCUACAAUACAAUGUUCAAGAACAUGUUGCUGAGAUGCAACCACACAAAAGCCAGAGAUCUUCCAUGGAAGUGUCAUCUAGCUUUAGUGAAGAUGAAACUGCCAAUCCCAGCUCGUCUCUUGAUGAAGCAAUCGGUUGCCGUUAAACAGUAGACAGAGUUUUAGAGAGGUUUCUGUAUGCCAUGCCAUGGAUAUGUACAGUGAGUGAGCUAAGGAGCACUCUUUGUAGCCAGCAAGAGUAGUCGCAUUGAAGUAUUGAAUCUGUUUGAUGCUUUUGGUACCUGUUUGCCAUUGUACGAAAAGAAGAAAGCCCUUCCUUAUUUAUGUGAUUAUGUAAAUCUCACUAAUCUGGAGUUGAUUGUGGUAGGAGGUUUUGAAAUGCAUCCUAGUUUGGUUCUAUUUU